AUGGAUAGCGUAAAUUUCUUAAAUUUUUAUCGUGGAUUAAUUAUCAGCGCACAAGGAAUACAACUUUCGGAUUCUACUACUUAUGAUCUUAAGCCUCAACAAAAAAAUGAUUACGUAAAAAAUACAUCUUUUAAUGCAAAAUUAAUGAAUUCUACAACAAAAAAAGAAUCGUUUUUGCUAAAAAAUCACAUUGAGAUCUCUGCUAAUGAUUUGAAGCAUGUUAGCCAGAUAUUUGAUACUGACAAGAACAUAAAUUCUGCAAUGGCCCUUCUAGCUGAUGAAUCCUCUACAAAUGUUUUUCUAAUAAUUCAAUGCGAAAAAGUCGAAUUGAUUAUUAAAAAAGAAUCAAUAAAACCGUCUGAUAAAUUGACUGAUGAAGUAAAAGAGGCUUUAAAACACUAUGAUCCUUAUCAUAAAUUAAUGGAUGUAUUUAAUAAUUAUGGCUACUUUUUACCAAAAAAGAUGAUUUUAGGGCAUAAAAUAUAUAGAAUGACUUAUUUAACUAUGGGCAAGGAUUCAACGGAACCUAAUGAUAAAAAUAAUGACCUUAAAUGGACGACACUUGAUGAUUUUUCAGAAAGUAAAUUUAAAGAUAUCUUGAGUCAAUGGGAAAAAUACAUGAGUUCUUAUAAUUUUGAUUUAUCUUAUCUGGUAUCAAUUAAUGGCGAAUUUAUUAAGAAAGAUGAAAUCGAAGCAUGGAUUGAGAAUUGUUUAAAAAGUAAUUUUAACUCAUUACAAGUUAUUGGCUGCAAAGAAUUAUAUCCUUUGUAUGAAAUUUUUGACUUAUCUCUUCGCCAAGAGGUUGAAAAUAUUCUUGGGAUUAAUAGUCAAUUUGAAUCUAUUAUUAGCAACCAAUCUGUGUCUAUUAAUAUAAAAGAAAGAGUUCUUAUGGCAGGAGUAGUACCAAUUAAAAAUCAGUCUAAUUCAUAUAAUGUAAAAUUUCGUAAUUGUUUUAAAUCCAAUAAUUAUCAAGUUUUUGGAAAAUUUAUUACACAGGAUGAUGAACCAAUUGACGAUGUGAUAAUCAAAUUCGAUUUCAUGGAUACAUACGGAUUCUUAAUUUUCAUAGAAGAUUAUGAUUUCACGUAUAAGAACCCAAGAAUUACUUGGAUGUUAAUUGGAAUACCUGCUGAAGUUGGAUAUUUUAGCCCAGAUACACGAAAAAUAAACGUAUUGGGUUCUGGUCAUAAACCAUUUGUAUUAAAGUCAAAUAAUAGUAAUAUCGUAUUGAAAGUUCCGGAAAAUUUGCCACAAGAUUCUGUUAUUAUUGUCUCAUUUAAAUACCCACCUUCACAUUAUGAACCUAGCUUCAUAGCUAAAAUCAAAAGUUAUCAAGAUAAUAAAAUUUUAUUUAAUAUACACUGCCCUGAUUAUGAAUCUCCUAAUAGUGAUGAUUCUAAGUCUUUUGAUGACGAAGUGAAUAUAGAUUCAAGGUCUAAUGAUGUUGAAGAAGUGAAUGUAAAUGUGAAUGAAGAUAGUGAUUUUAUUAUUGAUGAAUAUGACGAAGACUCUGACAGUAAUGAUAUUAAUAAUUUAACAAUGGAUAAUUUUCAAUAUGGAAAAUCUAAUUAUAACAAAAGAGCUUCCAAAAGAAGUCAAAUUAAGGCGCCAGAAUAUUCAGUCCAGUGGUUUAUUCUCCGUAAUUUCUCUGAUAUAACUGAUUCAUCUGAAACAAUGAUUUAUCUAAACAAAAUAGGAUUUCAUUUAAUAAAACCAUCUCAGACACAAGGCGUAUGGACCACAUUAAAUAUGAAUUAUAGAAAGGAAUUCUUCGAUUUGCCAGAUGAAUGUAUUCUUAAAAUUUUUACCUAUUUGAAUGAUGUAAAAGAUCUUUACAAUUGUUUAUUUAUCAACAAAUUUAUACAUGGAAUCGCUGUGUAUAUGUUAUGGAAAAAUCCUUUUAUCAACAAUGCGAGAUGGAGGGAUUCAAUAAUUCUAACUUAUUUAAAUGAAUUAAAUAUAGAAGAGCAAAAAACGUUAAUCCUCCUAAGAAUUAAUUUUCCUUUUAUCAAAUCACAUUCAACCAAAUAUGCACCCUGCUUAGAAACUCUUGAUUUACAUUUUUUACAUAUUGCCUGUUUAAAAUGGCUUGCUGGUACUGGCUACUUUUGCCAAUGUGGCGAAUUGCGUAUAGUCCAGGCUGUCGUCUCUGCUAUCGUUCGGAUGGUUCUGCGUACAAAUCGAAAUCUUAAAAUAUUGAACAUAAAGGUAGCUGAGGAUGAGCCUGAUGUCUCAAAAGCUUUCAUUUUCUCUUUAAGUAAGCCGAGUAUAUCAAGUCUGCACUCUUUUCAUCUUACACUUAAUAACACCCCUACGAAAAAAAACGUAUCUCAAUUUCUAGCAAGAUUGCCUGAUUUAUGUUUAAGUCUUUGCGAUGUCACUUUUGACUUUGCUGAAACUGAUAUUGAUGAAAAGGUUACUAUGCUUUUAAUUAAACUCAUUAGAGUACAAAAAGCAUUAGAUCAUUUCACUUUGAAAUGUCGUGGUGCUAUUGCUGGGAAAUAUAUUGAGGCAUUAGAGUCCCAAAAGAAUCAUUUAAUGUCUCUGCAUUUGGAUAGAUUAGAUUUUAGAAAAAUUUCGGAUGACUCCUUGAAA